CACAGAGCGCCCAUCGAAUCAAAUUCGCACAACCCAACUAGCGCUAAACGCACUUAGCCCUCCCUCUUUACAUAUAAAUAUAAAACCCCACUUCUGUUUUUUGUUUUACUUGCACACUCACUGCUCAUGGCUGCCACCACGUCUGUCAUUGCUUGGGGCUCGGGAGAAGAUGGGCAAUUAGGAAUAGGAAACAACGAAGAGAAAGAAUGGGUUUGUGUUGUCAAAGCUCUUGAGCCUUACAAAGUCCGUUCUGUUGUUGCCGGUAGCCGUAACUCCCUCGCCAUCUGUGACGACGGCAAGUUGUUUACUUGGGGAUGGAACCAGAGAGGGACCUUGGGUCACCCACCUGAGACCAAGACUGAAAAUGUUCCCAGUCAGGUUAAGGCUCUUGCUAACGUCAAGAUUGUUCAGGCUGCUAUUGGUGGAUGGCAUUGUUUGGCUGUUGAUGAUCAAGGCCGUGCCUAUGCUUGGGGUGGGAAUGAGUAUGGUCAGUGUGGUGAAGAACCUGAGCGAAAAGAUGAUACUGGUAGACCUUUGAGGAGGGACAUUGUGAUUCCUCAGCGAUGUGCCCCAAAGCUUGUUGUUCGCCAGGUGGCUGCGGGGGGAACCCAUUCUGUGGUGCUUACACGUGAGGGACAUGUAUGGACCUGGGGUCAACCAUGGCCUCCUGGAGACAUAAAACAAAUUUUUAUUCCUGUGCGAGUACAAGGGCUUGAAAAGGUUAGACUCAUUGCUGUUGGGGCAUUUCAUAAUUUGGCUCUUCAAGAGGAUGGAACGUUGUGGGCAUGGGGUAACAAUGAGUAUGGGCAACUUGGUACUGGGGAUACCCAACCAAGAUCGCAACCUAUUCCUGUCCAAGGGCUCUCUGGUCUCACUUUGGUUGAUAUUGCUGCUGGAGGAUGGCAUUCUACUGCAUUGACUGAUGAUGGGGAGGUGUAUGGUUGGGGAAGAGGGGAACAUGGGAGACUUGGAUUUGGGGACAAUGACAAGAGCAGUAAAAUGGUGCCCCAACGGGUUCAACUUUUAGCUGGGGAGGACAUUGUUCAGAUUUCUUGUGGUGGGACACAUUCAGUUGCAUUGACAAAGGAUGGGCGCAUGUUUUCAUUUGGACGAGGUGACCAUGGACGUCUCGGAUAUGGGAGGAAGGUGACAACAGGCCAACCAAUGGAAGUUCCUAUAAAUAUCCCACCUCCAAGAAAUGCAAGUGAAAGUGAAGCUGAGGGACAUUGGAUCGCUAAACUCGUUGCUUGUGGGGGACGCCACACUCUGGCUUUGGUAGAAUGGCAGACUGAGGAAUCCGAGGAGUCAUGAAAUUAUGAUAUUAAAAUGUCUGGUAAUAAGCCUAAUAAUAUUGGGUUCUGUACUAUUCCACCAAUACAUAAAACUCAUAAUAUCAGAAUUAGACACAACAUUUUCAUUUG